GACAGGGGCAGCUAAUAAUGGAACCUGGUCCCUGCUUGGACUUUAUUUCUUUUCGAAUGUCAACAUAGGUAUUGAUAAGAUACCAUUUAGCCAUUGUUUCUUCAGUAGCAUAACGGCAACAUUCUAAGUGCAAUCCAGCAUAAUUAAUAUUGCUUUUCUCUUCUACUCUUCCAAUUACGAUAAAAUAAACGAGACACUUCAUCCUUAGUUAGGCAAUCAGACAUGGCCGACCGUCCACCCCCUCACGCUCGCCCGGGCACUAAUAGAACCGCGCGCACGAACACGGCAGGCAUACGGCGCAACCUAUUCCAAAGCCAACUUACUCGCCGCCCAACACCCACGACCUCCUCCCAAUCUUCCAAUAACUCCGCCGAGACAUUACGUCUCGGAGACGUCGAAGUGCUAUCCGAUACCUCUGACAUUGUUGUCCGCGACAAGAACGGCGAGUUCGACGUUGGUGAUCCGCCUACACCCCCUCUGGACGAUUCGGAGGAAGGAGGCGCAUUGGAUGACGCGCAGGAGAGCGAGCGUACGUAAAAUACCACGCGAGAGACAAAGACUAGCAGAGGCAGUCAAGCACUACCAAAUAAACCACAACCGCACGCCAGCGCAACCCGAAG